GGUGCUGUCCUCCAGUCACUGCUGUCUGGAGGUCAGGAGACAGUGGACACUCCUGGGGUACAGCUUGUAGGAGAGAAACUGUUUUAUUGCGGGCUGAAGAGGCCAAGUUAAGCGACAGGAAAAGACGCAGGGGGACAGGAGGGAGAUGCUGAGAGUGGAAACUACCUACCGCUUCACCCCCUUGCGGCUUGCUGCCUUCCCAUAACCCCAAGCUGAACUACCCCUACGCGGGUCGCUGUCCACAGUGGGAGGUGCUGAAAGCAAAGGAAGGGAGAGUAGGGGGCGAGGCGGACAUCUUCUUCCUCCCCCCUCCUCCCUUCGCAGUUCCUCCAAUCCUCCCCUCCUCCCGCAGCCAUUUUACACCGGCAGAGGGGGGCGGGGGAAGGGGAGAGGGACGGGAGAUCUGGGCGGAGAGAGCCGGCACUGCCUCGGGGAAGGAGGGGAUGAGAGUUGGGGGGAGCAGAGGGAGGAGGAGGAAGAGGAGGCGGCGGCGGCUACCGAGGAGGCAGUGCUGGGUCCCUCAAUAGGGCUCACAGGAGCCACCAUCAUGGUGAAGAGGAAAAGCUCCGAGGGCCAGGAGCAGGACAGCGGCCGAGGCAUCCCUCUCCCCAUCCAGACCUUCCUAUGGAGGCAAACCAGUGCCUUUUUGAGGCCCAAACUGGGGAAACAAUAUGAAGCCUCCUGUGUGUCCUUUGAACGAGUUCUGGUAGAAAACAAGCUUCAUGGCCUCUCUCCAGCCCUUUCCGAAGCCAUCCAGAGCAUUUCCCGCUGGGAAUUGGUCCAGGCUGCAUUGCCUCAUGUUCUGCACUGCACUGCAACACUGCUCUCCAACAGGAAUAAACUGGGUCAUCAGGAUAAAUUAGGUGUUGCAGAAACCAAGCUCCUUCACACCCUGCACUGGAUGCUGCUUGAAGCCCCCCAGGAUUGCAACAGUGACCGGUUUGGGGGAGGUGACAGAGGCUCCAGCUGGGGUGGUGGCAGCAGUGCCUUCAUCCAUCAAGUUGAAAAUCAGGGAUCCCCAGUGCACCCUCGGCGAAGCAGCUCCCAUGAAGAAGAAGAGAAUAGUCGUAGGAAAUUCUUCCAGAACUCCAUGGCCACUGUAGAACUCUUCGUGUUCCUAUUUGCUCCUUUGGUACACCGGAUCAAGGAAUCUGACCUGACUUUCCGAUUGGCCAGUGGUCUUGUUAUUUGGCAGCCAAUGUGGGAGCACAGACAGCCUGAGGUCUCUGCCUUUACAGCUCUGGUGAAACCUAUUCGGAACAUCAUUACGGCCAAGAGAAGUUCUCCAAUCAACAAUCAGAGUCAGGUCUGUGAGUCCCCAAAUCAGGGCACAGGACACUCAGAGGGUCUACAGGUAGUGGGUGAAUCAUUCCAGUCAGAUUCCAUCUCGCCCAGGGCCACCAUUUCUGGCUGCCAUCGGGGAAACUCCUUUGAUGGAAGUGUCUCUUCACAAGCAUCCCUAGACAGAGGCCCUGCACACUCUAGAGCUUCUCUGCUGAUACCUCCUUGCCAAAGGUCCCGCUACGCCACCUACUUUGAUGUUGCCGUACUGCGCUGCCUGCUCCAGCCCCACUGGUCAGAGGAAGGCACUCAGUGGUCCUUGAUGUAUUAUCUGCAGAGAUUGAGGCACAUGCUAGAAGAGAAGCCAGAGAAGUCUCCAGAACCAGAGAUUCUGCACCUGCCCAGACCCCGCAGCAGUUCUAUGGUGGCGGCAACUCCCUCCCUAGUGAACACUCACAAAACCCAAGAUCUCACCAUGAAAUGUAAUGAGGAGGAAAAAUCUCUGAGUACAGAGGCCUUUUCCAAAGUGUCCUUGACCAAUUUGCGAAGAUCUGCAGUUCCAGAUCUCUCUUCAGACUUGGGCAUGAACAUUUUUAAGAAAUUUAAAAGUCGCAAGGAAGACCGAGAACGAGAACGCAAAGGUUCUAUCCCAUUUCACCACACGGGGAAGAGAAGACAGCGUCGAAUGGGGGUGCCUUUCCUACUCCAUGAAGACCACCUGGAUGUGUCCCCCACACGCAGCACCUUCUCAUUUGGGAGCUUCUCUGGGCUUGGAGAAGACAGACGUGGCAUUGAGAAAGGAGGCUGGCAAACCACCAUAUUAGGCAAGUUCACCAGACGGGGAAGUUCUGAUGCAGCAACUGAAAUGGAGAGUCUGAGUGCUAGGCACUCCCACUCCCAUCACACUCUGGUCAGUGACUUACCAGAUCACUCUAAUAGCCACGGAGAAAAUACCGUCAAAGAAGUACGAUCCCAGAUUUCCACCAUCACAGUGGCAACCUUCAACACUACCCUGGCAUCAUUCAACGUGGGCUAUGCAGACUUUUUCAGUGAGCACAUGAGGAAGUUAUGCAACCAGGUGCCUAUCCCAGAGAUGCCCCAUGAACCUCUGGCAUGUGCCAAUCUGCCCCGAAGCCUAACUGACUCCUGCAUCAAUUACAGCUAUUUAGAGGAUAAUGAACAUAUCGAUGGGACCAACAAUUUUGUCCACAAGAAUGGCAUGCUGGAUCUUUCGGUGAUUUUGAAGGCUGUUUAUCUUGUCCUGAACCAUGACAUCAGCUCUCGCAUCUGUGACGUGGCACUGAACAUUGUCGAGUGUUUGCUCCAGCUUGGUGUGGUCCCUUGUGUAGAAAAGAACAGAAAGAAAAGUGAGAACAAGGAAAAUGAGACUUCAGAAAAGAGGCUGAGUGAAGGAACCUUUCAGCUCAAAGGGCCUUCUGGAAGCACAACCUGUGGAUUUGGGGGCUCCUUGGUUAGUGGAACUGGAGAUGGAGGUGGAGAAGAAGGUGGAGGUGGCGAUGGAGUAGUUGCUGGAGGUGAUGGAGGAGGAGGAGGAGGAGGAGGAGGAGGAGGAGGAGGAGGAGGUGGAGGUGGAGGAGGUGGAGGUGGCCCUUACGAAAAAAAUGAUAAGAACCAAGAGAAGGAUGAAAGCACACCAGUAAGCACCCAUAGGCUUGCUCUAACCAUGCUCAUCAAAAUUGUAAAAUCUUUGGGCUGUGCCUAUGGCUGUGGAGAAGGACACCGAGGGCUCUCUGGCGAUCGUCUGAGACACCAGGUAUUCCGAGAGAAUGCCCAGAACUGCCUCACUAAGCUUUACAAGCUAGAUAAAAUGCAGUUUCGACAAACCAUGAGGGACUAUGUGAACAAGGAUUCCCUCAAUAACGUAGUGGAUUUCUUGCAUGCUUUGCUAGGAUUCUGUAUGGAACCAGUCACUGACAAUAAAGCUGGGUUUGGGAAUAACUUCACCACAGUGGACAACAAAUCCACAGCCCAGAAUGUGGAAGGUAUUAUUGUCAGUGCUAUGUUUAAAUCCCUCAUCACCCGCUGUGCAUCUACUACGCAUGAACUACACAGCCCUGAAAACCUGGGGCUCUAUUGUGACAUCCGGCAGCUGGUUCAAUUCAUCAAAGAAGCUCAUGGAAAUGUUUUCAGGAGGGUUGCCCUGAGUGCCUUGCUAGACAGUGCAGAAAAGUUAGCCCCAGGGAAAAGAUCAGAGGAGGCAGAGCAGGACUCAAAACCCUCAGGGAGCAAAAGGUCAGAGGCUGGAAUUGACAAAGGCCAGUUAUCAUCAGCACCUGAUGAAUGUCGCAGCUUUAUGUCUGGCCGUCCCUUGCAAACUCCAGAGCAUGAUGAACAGAUGCAAGGGGCAAACCUAGGACGCAAAGAUUUCUGGCGCAAAAUGUUCAAAUCUCAGAGUGCUGCAAGUGACACGAGUAGCCAGUCAGAGCAGGAUACAUCAGAGUGUACCACUGCUCACUCAGGGACAACCACUGAUAGACGGUCACGCUCACGGUCCCGAAGGAUUUCACUCCGGAAGAAACUCAAACUCCCCAUAGGUAAAAGAAAUUGGCUAAAGAGAUCAUCUCUCUCGGGCCUAGCGGAUGGUGUGGAAGAUCUCCUGGACAUUAGCUCAGUAGACCGGCUGUCUUUCAUCAGGCAAAGUUCAAAGGUUAAGUUCACCAGUGCGGUGAAGCUAUCUGAAGGAGGUCCAGGAAGUGGGAUGGAGAAUGGAAGAGACGAUGAAGAGAAUUUCUUCAAACGACUUGGUUGCCACAGUUUUGAUGACCAUCUAACCUCCAACCAGGAGGGGACGAAAUAUAAGAACGUAGUGAAUCUGGGAGCAAUUAGACAAGGCAUGAAGAGAUUUCAGUUUUUGUUAAACUGCUGUGAACCAGGUACUAUUCCUGAUGCCUCCAUCCUGGCAGCUGCCCUAGAUCUGGAAGCCCCAGUGGUGGCCAGGGCGGCGCUGUUCCUUGAAUGUGCUCGCUUUGUUCACCGUUGCAACCGUGGCAACUGGCCUGAGUGGAUGAAGGGACACCACGUCAACAUCACCAAGAAAGGCCUUUCCCGGGGCCGAUCACCAAUUGUGGGCAACAAGAGGAAUCAAAAGUUACAGUGGAAUGCAGCCAAGCUCUUCUACCAGUGGGGAGAUGCAAUUGGUAUCCGCCUGAAUGAACUGUGCCAUGGAGAAAGCGAGAGCCCUGCUAAUCUGUUGGGGCUCAUUUAUGACGAGGAGACCAAGAGGAAACUGAGGAAAGAGGAUGAGGAGGAAGACUUUUUAGAUGACAGUAAGGAGACUCCCUUUACUACAAGAACCCCUGCUUGCACUGUGAACCCCACCAAAUGUGGCUGCCCCUUUGCUCUCAAGAUGGCAGCCUGCCAACUUCUACUAGAGAUCACUACCUUCUUAAGAGAGACUUUCUCCUGCUUGCCCCGCCCACGUACUGAACCUCUAGUGGACCUGGAGAGCUGCCGACUCAGGCUGGAUCCUGAGUUAGACCGGCACAGGUAUGAGAGGAAGAUCAGCUUUGCUGGAAUCCUGGACGACAAUGAAGAUGCAAAAGACUCCCUCCACAGCAGCAGUCAUACCCUCAAGUCUGACACAGGUGUUGAGGAGAAGAAAGUUCCCAGCAGGAAGAUCAGGAUAGGAGGCUCCCGCCUGCUCCAGAUUAAAGGAACCCGCAGUUUCCGGGUGAAGAAGGGGGGUUCCUUAUCCAGUAUUCGCCGGGCCGGCAGCUUAAAGAGUACCAAGCUAUCACGGCAGGACUCAGAGUCUGAGAAUGAGGAGCUGCAGCUGUCCCAGAGCAGGGACACUGUCACUGAUAUAGAAGGGAGCCCCUGGAGUGCAAGUGAGCCAAGCAUUGAGCCUGAGGGUCUGAGCAACACUGGCACUGAAGAAAACUACCACAGGAACAUGUCAUGGCUCCAUGUUAUGAUUUUAUUGUGCAAUCAGCAAAGUUUCAUCUGCACACACAUCGACUACUGUCACCCUCACUGCUACCUCCACCACAGUCGCUCCUGUGCUCGCCUGGUGAGGGCCAUCAAAUUGCUAUAUGGGGACACUGUGGAUUCCCUUCGGGAAGACAACACAGUUCAUAAUGUGGCCUUUCGGGGCAAGAAGCAGAAAGAGUGCUCAGAUAAGUCAUGCCUGAGGACACCCUCUCUGAAGAAGAGAGUUACAGAGACCAAUCUCGAAGGCAAAAAGGACUCUGGGAUGUUAAAAUACAUCAGACAUCAGGUAAUGAGCCUGUCCCCGGCUCCCUUGUCUCUGCUAAUCAAGGCAGCACCAAUUCUGACAGAAGAGAUGUAUGGAGACAUCCAGCCUGCAGCCUGGGAGCUACUGCUCAGUAUGGAUGAGCACAUGGCUGGAGCGGCAGCUGCCAUGUUCCUGCUGUGUGCAGUAAAAGUCCCAGAGGCUGUGUCUGACAUGCUGAUGUCAGAAUUCCAUCACCCAGAGACUGUGCAGCGGCUCAACGCCAUCCUCAAGUUCCACACGCUCUGGAGAUUCCGCUAUCAGGUGUGGCCUCGGAUGGAGGAGGGAGCUCAGCAGAUUUUUAAGAUCCCUCCUCCGAGUAUCAAUUUCACCCUGCCCUCACCAGUACUGGGAAUGCCUUCUGUCCCCAUGUUUGACCCUCCAUGGGUACCACAAUGCAGCGGGAGUGUACAGGACCCAAUUAAUGAAGAUCAGUCGAAAUCCUUUUCUGCCCGAGCUGUAUCACGUUCCCAUCAGAGAGCAGAACACAUCCUCAAGAACCUACAGCAAGAGGAGGAGAAGAAGCGACUCGGUCGAGAAGCCAGCCUCAUUACUGCCAUUCCCAUCACCCAGGAGGCUUGCUAUGAGCCCACCUGCACCCCCAACUCAGAGCAGGAAGAAGAAGUAGAAGAAGUCACUAACCUGGCAUCCCGACGUCUUUCUGUCAGUCCAUCCUGCACGUCAAGUACUUCCCACAGGAAUUAUUCCUUUCGCCGUGGCUCUGUUUGGUCAGUACGUUCCGCUGUCAGUGCAGAAGAUGAAGAACAUACUACAGAACAUACUCCAAAUCACCAUGUACCACAGCCCCCUCAGGCAGUAUUCCCAGCAUGCAUCUGUGCUGCAGUGCUGCCCAUUGUUCAUCUGAUGGAAGAUGGAGAGGUUCGGGAAGAUGGUGUAGCAGUGAGUGCUGUAGCCCAGCAGGUCCUGUGGAACUGUCUAAUUGAAGACCCUUCGACGGUCCUUCGACAUUUCCUAGAAAAACUCACCAUAAGCAAUAGACAGGAUGAGUUAAUGUAUAUGUUGAGAAAACUUCUCUUGAAUAUUGGAGACUUUCCAGCUCAGACAUCACAUAUCCUGUUUAACUACCUGGUAGGAUUAAUAAUGUAUUUUGUACGCACGCCCUGUGAAUGGGGAAUGGAUGCCAUUUCAGCCACUCUGACUUUCCUUUGGGAGGUGGUAGGGUAUGUGGAAGGUCUCUUCUUCAAAGACCUCAAACAGACAAUGAAGAAGGAGCAGUGUGAAGUAAAGCUUCUGGUCACAGCCUCCAUGCCAGGUACCAAGACUUUGGUCGUACAUGGGCAGAAUGAAUGUGAUAUUCCAACCCAGUUACCUGUACAUGAAGAUACACAAUUUGAAGCUCUUUUGAAGGAGUGUCUAGAGUUUUUUAAUAUACCAGAAACCCAAUCAACACACUACUUUCUCAUGGAUAAACGAUGGAACCUUAUCCACUAUAAUAAGACCUAUGUGCGUGACAUUUAUCCUUUCCGGAGGUCCGUAUCGCCUCAGUUGAACCUUGUACAUAUGCAUCCAGAAAAAGGCCAAGAGCUCAUUCAAAAACAGGUGUUUACCCGGAAGCUUGAGGAAGUAGGACGCGUCUUGUUUCUCAUAUCCCUCACCCAGAAAAUCCCCAUCGCCCACAAGCAAUCCCAUGUUUCAAUGCUUCAAGAGGAUCUCCUGCGCCUUCCUUCCUUCCCUCGUAGUGCUAUUGAUGCUGAGUUCUCCCUCUUCAGUGAUCCUCAAGCUGGGAAGGAGCUAUUUGGUCUUGAUACUCUUCAGAAGAGCCUGUGGAUUAAGCUUCUGGAGGAGAUGUUCCUGGGGAUGCCCAGUGAAUUUCCCUGGGGAGAUGAAAUCAUGCUUUUUCUUAACGUGUUUAAUGGAGCCCUGAUCUUACAUCCAGAAGACAGUGCCUUGCUCAGACAGUAUGCAGCCACUGUCAUCAACACGGCUGUGCACUUCAACCAUCUUUUCUCUCUCAGUGGAUACCAGUGGAUUCUCCCUACUAUGCUGCAAGUGUAUGCUGAUUAUGAAAGCAACCCACAGCUGCGUCAAGCCAUUGAAUUUGCCUGUCAUCAGUUCUACAUUCUUCAUCGAAAGCCGUUUGUGCUACAAUUGUUUGCUAGCGUGGCACCUCUCCUAGAGUUUCCCGAUGCUGCCAAUAACGGGCCUAGUAAGGGUGUAUCAGCACAGUGCCUGUUUGACUUGCUGCAGUCUCUGGAGGGAGAAACCACUGAUAUAUUGGACAUCUUGGAGCUGGUAAAAGCAGAAAAGCCUCUGAAAUCAUUAGAUUUUUGCUAUGGGAAUGAGGAUCUGACUUUCUCUAUCAGUGAAGCCAUCAAACUCUGUGUCACUGUGGUGGCUUAUGCUCCAGAAUCAUUUCGAAGCCUCCAGAUGCUGAUGGUCUUAGAAGCCCUAGUUCCAUGUUACCUACAAAAGUUAAAACGACAGACAUCUCAAGUGGAAACAGUGCCUGCUGCCAGAGAGGAGAUUGCAGCCACAGCUGCUCUGGCCACGUCCCUGCAAGCCCUCUUAUACAGUGUGGAAGUUCUCACCAGGCCUAUGACAGCCCCUCAGAUGAGCAGGUGUGAUCAAGGCCAUAAAGGGACCACUACUGCUAACCACACUAUGUCAUCUGGAGUGAAUACAAGGUACCAGGAACAAGGAGCGAAGCUACACUUUAUCAGGGAAAACCUACACUUGUUGGAAGAAGGGCAGGGUCUUCCCCGGGAGGAGCUGGAUGAACGAAUUGCUAGGGAGGAGUUCCGGAGACCCAGAGAAUCCCUGCUAAAUAUUUGCACCGAGUUCUAUAAACACUGUGGACCAAGACUAAAGAUCUUACAGAAUCUGGCAGGCGAGCCUCGAGUCACUGCUUUGGAGCUUCUUGACGUUAAAUCUCAUAUGAGGUUGGCAGAAAUUGCACAUUCCCUUCUGAAGCUGGCACCAUAUGACACCCAGACAAUGGAAAGCCGUGGGCUCCGACGAUAUAUCAUGGAGAUGCUGCCGAUCACUGAUUGGACUGCUGAAGCAGUGAGACCUGCUCUUAUCCUCAUCUUAAAGAGAUUGGAUCGUAUGUUUAAUAAAAUUCACAAGAUGCCUACCUUGAGGCGACAGGUUGAGUGGGAGCCUGCCAGCAAUUUGAUUGAAGGGGUUUGUUUGACACUUCAGAGGCAGCCAAUCAUAUCCUUCCUGCCUCACCUUAGGUCACUGAUCAAUGUCUGUGUCAAUCUGGUGAUGGGAGUAGUAGGACCUUCCAGUGUUGCUGAUGGAUUACCCCUUCUUCAUCUCAGCCCUUAUCUCUCACCACCUCUGCCCUUCAGCACAGCUGUUGUCCGGCUUGUAGCAUUGCAGAUACAGGCUUUAAAAGAAGAUUUCCCCUUAAGCCAUGUGAUCUCCCCAUUCACCAAUCAGGAGAGAAGGGAAGGGAUGCUUUUAAAUCUGCUCAUCCCAUUUGUGCUCACAGUAGGAUCUGGAAGCAAAGAUAGCCCAUGGUUAGAGCAGCCUGAGGUUCUUCUGCUGCUCCAGACGGUUAUUAAUAUCCUCCUACCUCCUCGAAUCAUUAGUACAUCUCGCAGCAAGAACUUUAUGCUGGAGAGUUCCCCAGCCCACUGCUCCACCCCUGGAGAUGCUGGGAAGGAUUUGCGCAGGGAAGGUCUGGCUGAGUCCACCAGCCAGGCUGCAUAUUUAGCUCUGAAGGUGAUUCUUGUUUGCUUUGAGAGGCAGCUCGGCAGUCAGUGGUAUUGGCUGAGUCUACAAGUCAAAGAGAUGGCGCUAAGAAAGGUGGGAGGGCUGGCCCUGUGGGACUUCCUUGACUUCAUCGUUCGAACUCGGAUUCCCAUCUUUGUUCUCCUAAGGCCCUUUAUUCAGUGUAAGCUUUUAGCUCAGCCUGCAGAGAACCAUGAGGAGCUUUCUGCCCGACAACACAUUGCUGACCAACUGGAGAGGCGUUUCAUCCCUCGGCCCCUGUGCAAGAGCUCUCUCAUUACGGAAUUCAACAGUGAACUUAAGAUUCUAAAAGAGGCUGUGCAUAGUGGGUCAGCCUACCAAGGGAAGACGUCCAUUAGCACAGUGGGCACCUCUACUUCUGCCUAUCGCUUGAGCCUGGCCACCAUGUCCCGCUCAAACACUGGCACUGGCACUGUUUGGGAGCAGGACAGUGAGCCUUCCCAGCAGGCUUCCCAGGAUACCUUGAGUCGGACUGAUGAGGAGGAUGAAGAAAAUGAUUCGGUGAGCAUGCCCAGUGUGGUAAGUGAACAAGAAGCUUACCUAAUGAGCGCCAUUGGAAGGCGGCGAUUCUCAAGUCAUGUCUCGAGCAUGUCUGCACCUCAGGCUGAGGUGGGCAUGUUGCCCAGUCAGAGUGAACCUAAUGUCCUCGAUGACUCCCAGUGCCUGGCCGCUGAGGGCAGCCUCUCUAGGGUGGCAAGUAUACAGAGUGAACCUGGCCAACAGAAUCUCCUUAUUCAGCAACCACUAGGAAGGAAGAGAGGCCUGAGACAGCUAAGAAGACCUCUUCUGUCUCGUCAAAAGACUCAGACUGAACCUCGAAGUCGUCAUGGAGCUCGGCUCUCAACUACUCGCCGAAGCAUACAACCUAAAACAAAGCCAACAGAUCAGAAGCGAUCAGUGACCUUCACAGAAACUCAGCCUGAGAUGGAACCUCCCCCAGCAGACACCCUUUCUGCCACCAACCAGCCACAGUGCUGCAGCAAGAGCAGUCCUGGUCAAUCUGGUCAACCAGAAGUGGCAGAGAAACCAGUCCUCACAUCUUCCCCUGCCAUCAUAGUUGCUGAUCUCCAUGGCCAGAGUCCCUGCCAGAUUAAGGCCCAUCCAACUGAAGAGAAAGAAAAGGAAAAGGACGAUGAUGCUGAAGUAGCACAAGGAGCUACAGCAACCAGCCCCUCAUCCACCCAGCUUUCAGACACUGAAGACUUUGCAGGUCUUGAGACCACAAGCUUGUUACAGCCUGAUGACACUAUUCUUCAUAUAAGUGAGGAAAAUGGGAUGGAGAAUCCUCUGCUAACAAGCCAGUUCAGUUUUACUCAUAUUGAACUGGGGGAGACAGAUAUUGACCUAGAUGAAUCUCAUGUUUAAUCUUAUAUUUAGUAGGAUUUGAGGGUUUAGAAGGAGAAUGAAUUACCUUGUUGAAAUACAUUGUCUCUAGGUAUGACUGUGGUGGCAAAUUGUCAUUAGCCAAUUAAAGAAAGCACUUUAUAUUCAUAGAAGGUACAAAUCUAAGUAAUUUGUUGCCAAUCAGCAGAAUAUUUCAAAAAACAACAUAAAAUUGAUGAUUAUAUUCCUUUUGUGAAGACCACAAAUACCAGAGAAGAAUGGGAAAAUGAGCCAUUUCAAUGUUACAAAUGUACUAUAAACAUCAGCUUAUCUAAGAAAAUGAACAAACAUAUUAAUAUAUUACAAGAAAGAAACAAACCCUUUUAUGUUGGUCACAUUAGCAUCUCACCUGAAUUUUUAUUUUUGUAGUUUCAAAAUAAAUAUAUGACUCAUUCAUGAGUGGCAAAUUAUAUUUAAAAUGAAAUAAAAUAUUGGAUAAAGCACCGGCCUUGGAUUCAGGAGUACCUGAGUUCAAAUCCAGCCUCAGACACUUGACUUACUAGCUGUGUGACCCUGGGCAAGUCACUUAACCCCCAUUGCCCAGCAAAAAAAAAAAAAUUUAAAAAAAUGAAAUAAAAUACUAAAAGGAAAUUUUUUGGAGCUUUCAAAAUGUUUACUUUGUGCUUUCAUUGCACUCUGUAAAAUCAGAAUGCUAAUGUUAUAAAAACCUUCCAUCCAUUUCAAAAUAUAACUAACCAGUUAUACAGUAUUACCAGUAGGGAGAGGUACAGUUCUUUACAAAGCUAAAAGUUGUUCAAAAAGACAAAGAUUAUAAUGAUAUGAAAGCCAUAUGUGAAAAUGGCAGUUAGAAAAGGAUGAGACUACUCAUUACAGCAAUUGUUAUAUCAGUGCAUGACAGAGGAGACAACUGGAAAUAAGUGUUGAUUGUCAGGUGUAGUAGCUGUUGCCUAUCCUCAAAGACCUACUCUCCUAUAGCUACUUUCAUUGUACUGAGGUUAUUAGAACCAUCUUCAUAGCCAUUCCUUUAUAACAGUGUUCCCAGCUGCCCCCCAAGACAUAUACAUUCAUGAUGCAAGAUAAAUCCCUAUAAAUGAGGAAAUUUCUCCAUCUAUAGGGCCCAACCAUAAGUUGUCCUUGUUCUUGAAUAAGCCCUGUCACAUGGCUUUCACAUGGAUUGUUAGUGUUCAAAGAAAUAUGAGAGGGAUUAUGAUGAUCAGAUGCCUAGCAAGUCAAUCUCACUAAAAUAAGAUCAUAGGAUUAUGAAUUUCACAAUUCAAAAUUAAAUUUAACUGUUUACCUUAGAAAAUGACAUUCUAUACAACAAAUCACAAACUCAUGUUUCUGUGAUUCUUUGACUUAACAUACUAAAUUAGCAUAGUAUAUUAAUGCAAACUCUAAUCCUGGAGUUGAAGUUAAACAUAGACCUUAAUUAUAUUACAAUGAAUUUUAAAUUAUUCUGUAUGUCUAUAGUUUAUCUAUAUUGAUCAUAAACUAUAUCUGCAUAUACAGAGGAAGCCUAUUAAACCUUAACCUAAUACAGAAAAGGUAUUCUUCUACUAGAGGUACUUAUUGAAUAGGCCUAAAUUAUACUUUGAAUGAUGUAAAAAUGUAAUUUGAAGUCAUUCAUAGCCCUGUCCAAGAAUACGGUGCAAUGAAUAGGUCUCUAUCACUAAUAAUGAUAAAAGACAAAUAGCCACCUAAACCUAGAAUAAGUAGUUUCAAAAACUAGAGAGGCCAAAUGUACUCUUGUUCAUUUUACAGUAUUUUCAUAUAGCUUGCACUUAUUGCCAACUAACCCUCAAAUGCAGGUAUAUAUCUAUUAUAAUGAUGUUGUGAAUCUCUCUAAGUAAGCUAGUAUAUUUCUGCUAUUUAGAAAAUAUGCUGCUGCUCAGUUAGUGUUAGGGGCCUUAUGUCUAUGUAAUUUCCAAAUGUCCGGGUUGUGUGGGUGUCAUAAUGUAUGUGCAUGUUCCAGUCCAGUUCACUGAUUCAGAUUAGACAUAAUCAAACAUAAAUGUACAAGAGAGCAAAAAAAAAAACGUGGAGGGUAGGUGAGAUGUUAAAGAAUGAUGUUACUUUCAACAGGUGUCUUUAAGUACAGUUUCAUAUGCUUAUCAAGACACAGAGCUAUUUUUAAAGGUGACAUCAUGCCUGUCUACUUAUUAUCCAAUCCCUCCUCUACUCUUCUGCUGCCGAAGUCUUUUGGAAGCUUCUUCAGUAUUUUAAGUACAAGUACAUUACGUUAAAAAAAAAUAGCCCCUAUUCUGAGAACGACGGCCUUAUUUAGAGGAAGUGUUGUCCUAUUGGGACUAUGUCUCUGCUGCUGUGUGUAUCCAUGUUUUUUUCAGAUGCCCUUAAUUAUGUUGAAUGUCUUUGUGUGUGGGUAAAGUAUUUAUGUAUAUGUAUAUAAGACUGUCACAGUUGUACUUUCAGGAAUAUUAUUGUCUUGGAAUUUAAAGGAAUGAGGAGAGGAAAGAAAGAUGGAGACAAUUCUAAAGAAGUUUUACCAUUUGCUUAAUGUUCAAAACAUUUGAAAGCAGGUGCUUUUACUGAAUGGAAGUCUAAAUGUUGUUUAUCUUGAAAGAGUAAAUAGUAUAGGGAUCAUUUGUUAAAACAUUCAUGUAUAUAAACAUUUAUUGAUUUAUGCUGGGGAAAAUAUAACAAGAGCCCUUCACCAUGAAUAAAUCUUCCAAUUCAACAAACUGCUUUUUAAAAGAACACAAAAAUGUCCAAGUUUAAUUUAACUUUUUAGAGAACUUGAGCACGUUUAUUACAUACUGGUAGAUGAUGGUUCAGAUCAACUAGAUUUAAUUUAGCCAGUUCAAAUAAGUUCAAAUGCUUGGGAUAGAUUGUUGAACAUUUUUUAUAAGAAUCUCCUACUUGCAAAUUGUGAAACAUUUGUCUCUAGUGUAUCAUGUAUCCCAGUGGUGUCAAUCUCUAAUAAAAGCAGGGGCCACUAUAGCAUACGUAAGGAUCCCAAUAGGCUUAUUGAUUUAUUUUUUAAAUGUUACAUUAUAUAUGUUUUAAUGUAUUUUUAUUUAUUUUGUUAAAUAUUUCCCAAUUACAUUUUAUUAUGGUUCAUGCCACACUUGGGAGUGUUGUGGGUCACAUGUGGCCCAUGGGCUGCAUGUUUGAUACCUAUGAUGUACCUCAUAAUCUGUUGACUUGAUAUAUUAUCCUCUAUUUUAUAAAUGAGGAAAACUGAGUCACAGAAAAGGUUGUAAUAAUGCAUGUAGAGUUAUGCUGAUAAUAUAUACUUUACCAAAAGUCAUCAAAAUAUAAUGGGGAAAAGAUCCUGUGGGGCAUUAAUGUCAGGCUAAACCAAGGAGAAUAUUGGUAGAAAGAGCAAUGAAUUUAGAGGCAGAUCCCAAUUCAGACCCUAUAGUGAAGUCAUCACUGGGCUUCGGGUUUUUUUUACUGUGAAAUAGAGAGAGAAGUGAGAGUUCAAUGAUCUCUAAGGUCCCUUCCAGCUCCUACAACCCACAGUUCCUAAUUUUAAGCCGUUAGCAGUUAUUACAGCCAUAACCACACGGCCUUUGCUUUGAAAGAGGAGCUUGCCUCCCAGUCAAUAAAGGGCAUUCUUCUGCUCUGCCAUCGGGCUCAGAAGGCAGCAAAGAUAAAAAAGCAAGGUGCUAGAAGGAAGGGUCAUAAAAGGAUACAAUUUCAGCUCAAGCACAGAUGAAAUGCUUAUCUCAAGUUAUCUGAGUAACUAGAGGCCCCUGAAUCUGCUGCCUGGCUCAGUGAAUCAUGCUGCAGUCUACAUGACCUAUCCUUUAUAAUUCCAUACUUAUUAUGAACAAUAUUUCUUCUUAUUUGCCUCAGCUUCUAGUAUCAGCAAAUAGACUCACAUGGUGAUAUUUCAGAAAGCUUUGAUUUUUUCACUCAGGGGAAUAAGAGCAAGUUGAAGGUAGAGUGUACUUGAGUAGGUUUGAGAACAAUGUAUAUGUAUUGAAGAAUAGAAAACCUGCCAGAUUACUGCACAGUUUGUCCCAGAGUAUUUUUUUAUAGUCAUUACAACUAUACGAUGAACAUUUUCCCAUUAGCCAUCUCAAAGGUUUAUGUUAGAGGUAAUAACAAAAGAUUGAAAUAAUCUAUUUUCCCCAAGAUGAAUACCUGUGAAGACUGUAUAUUGAAUGACCAAAGAGCAUGGAUAUGAAGAAAUAUCAUGACAAAUACCAUAUGAAAAAAAUAUUUGAAAAAUGUUUAUGAAAGAUAUUAGAGUUCAUUGUUUGAAUAUGCACAUAUAAUAAAGUAAUUAUAAAAGCACUUGAAAUUAC